UUCCGACCCUCGAACUCGUUGACUUUUGUAUAAAGUCAGUUCUCUCAGUUCUGACCGAUAAGACAAGAUGAAAGGCUUACAGAUACUUUCUCUACUACUCUGUUUAACGUUCGUCCUUUCAGCACCGAACAGUUACGUUGACAAUGACGAGCAGAGAUUUAUCGACUACCUCAGCACCCAGGGUUCGCACCAAGGUGACGUGUUACAUGACAAGGAGCUAAUGGAUGAGUUAGAGAGAGAGAAAAUGACAAUCGCGAAGCAGCACGAUGAUGGCCACUCAAAGGACGAUCAAAAAUAUCACCUAAUUAAGAAAUCAGCCGUCGCUGUCGUGCAGAGAAUGUCUAUGCCUUCCCCGCCAGCUCUCGAUGUCUUGAUUGACAAGGCUGUGCAUUACGUCAUGAAAAAGACCAUGGUCCGUGAGUACGUGCAAAUUAGGUCUGGAAUCAAAGAACUAGUAGAUAAGAUGUUGCACAGAAACCUACUCAUCGAGGAUGAAGAGCAUGCAAAGAAAAAGAUUAAAAGCAGCCCAACCAGUGCUGGCCUCAGAGAAGAGAGAAUAGUCUUAGCAAUGGAAGAGAUUAUACAAGAAUUGGCAAUACGACUGAACCUAACCACGAUGCAGACGAAAAAAGUCGUCGAUAUAUCUGUGAAGGUGCUUGCAAAGCAUCGCGGUCUUAAUUCUUUCCAACGAGAAGAGCUCCAUGAACGAGUGACGUCACAAGUUAGAAAAAUGCUGGACAUCGAGGAUGAAGACAACAAGGAUGCACGGCUGAGGAGACUGGAGGAGAGAAUUGAAAAGAACAUCGAAAAGUACAAACUGUCGGCAAAACAGGUUAAGACAAUCGAGGGGCUAAUGGUCGAAGAAGAAGCAGUAGAAGAGGGCCUAACUAAAGAAGAGAGAGUGCGCAUGCUCAAACGUGUGUACGCUGAUGUCAUUGAUGAUCUGCGGGCGCAAAGAAAUGAACAGAAAAUUAAACCACCAAACCUUAACGAUGUACAAUUGACAGCUAUCAAUCAUCUGAUACGACAGAAAGCCAUUGAACUGCAACUGAAUAAAGAAGAGAUCAAAGUUCUGGGGCUGGCAAUCUUGACUGCAGUAGAACAUUUAUCGAGGAACCUGAAACCAACACAGCAACCCCACACUGAAAUUAAUCCAGAUGUAGCGACAGCUAUUCCAACAACAACAACAAAUAAAUUGCCCACAACAAUGAAAACUACUGAACAGAAAACAGUCAAGACAGAAAGUCUGGAUAAACUUGUAAAGGAAGAAAAACUUGAAAAUGAAAAGCCUACAAAACGAGUCACUCACCAUAAGGAUCCCACUACGCAUGCUCAGAAAACCCAAUCAAUAAUUAGUCAGCGGAUUCCCACUACGCAUGCUCCUGAAGCAAAACCAAAAACUAGCCAGCGAACAACUACGGCGCAUGCGCAUGAAACAAAACAUAGGUCCACUCAGAAGAUUCCCACUACGCAUGCUCAUGAAACAUUUCCAAAAUCUACCCAACCGAGCCCCACUGCGCAUGCUCGUGAAACUAAACCAACAAGUCAGCGGAGGCUGGUAAAGGAAGGGACUGACCUCGACGCCAAACUUCUUCAAGAUGAAGCUGAGCUUGAAGGAAAAGAUUCUGCAAAAAAUGUGAAAAUGGACCAAGAAACAAAGGCUGAAGAGUUGGAGUUAAUACUAGAACGAAGGGCACAAGACAAAGAGGAAUCCCAAAUGAAAACCAAGCAGUCGAGUACGAUGGUUCCCACUUCAACCAAGGUCAUUGAAACGACUAAAUAUCCUGAUGAAGUUGUCACGAGUAAACCAACCGAGUCACGUCAUACCACGCAAAGAGUAACGCAAGCGACUGAAAAGAUAACCGAAAAGGCAAAGCCAACGAUCAGAGCAAAGAAAAUAACGAAGCCAGUUGCUAGAAAGGUUACAUCGGUCACGCAAUCUAAGGAAUCUAAGCUUAGCAAAGAACGACUAGAAGAGGAACUCUUAGAGGGACACGUUCUACAACCUUCCAAAAGUCACGUUACGCAACCCAAAAAUUACGUCCCAAAGGUAACACAACCCAAAAUUCAUGUCACAGACGAAACGCAACCCAAGAAAGAGCAUAUUACGGCUGCAAAACCAACUGAAGAUUUUGCAAAAGAACUGAAAAAUAUCAUUGAGAAAAAGCCGAUUCAUAGCCGUAAAAACCAUGAACUUCUACAAGAUGAAGUUGAACUUGAAGAUCUUGAAAUACGAAAGAACAAGACGCAACAUGACACAACUUUGGAAAACGAGCUCAAGCUUGCAGCGAAUCUUUUCAAAAAGAAGAAAAAGCAAAACACUUUGGAUGAAGAGCUAAAUGAAGUCCUGAAAGCCAAGGACCUAGAACUUGAGAAAUUAGAAGAAGAAUUGGAAGGUUUGAAGCCUUGAUAAGUUCAAGCAUAUUGGCCACGUUUCAUUUCUAAGAUGCAGUACAGUUAAAUUGUUUAUUGCAAAAAAUGAAAAGUAUUUUGUUUCAAGUUUGUAUAUUUUUUUACGACAGUUUGCUUGUAAGUUAGAAUAUAAUUAUAUAUAAGUUAUAGCUCUUCAAUUGCUGAGUCCUAGACUCUGUAGCGCCUGGUUAACGUUUUUUAAAAAGAAUAAAGAUCCCUCAAUCCUU